GUAAGCAGACAGACAACACCCCAAUGCUUGUCCACAACUGUUCAGUCAGUCAGUGUGUGUAUCAACAUGGCAGAGGCAACUUUGGGUCAGGAUCCCUUCUGCUGUUCAAUCUGUCUGGAUGUACUGAAGGAUCCAGUGACUACUGCCUGUGGACACAGUUACUGUAUGGGCUGCAUUAAGGGCUGCUGGGAUCAGGAAGAUCUGAAAGGUGUCUACAGCUGUCCACUGUGCAUGGAAAGCUUCAUCCCAAGACCUGUUUUGAGGAAAAACAUCUUAUUGGUUGAAUUAAUGGAGAAACAGAAGAAGACAGGAUUAAAAUCUGCUCCUCCAGCUCUCUGUUAUGCUGGACCUAGAGAUGUGGAGUGUGAUUUCUGCACUAGGAGGAAACUCAAAGCUGUCAAGUCUUGCCUGGUGUGUCUGGCAUCUUACUGUGAGACUCACCUCCAGCCUCACUUUGAAUCCCCUGCCUUUCAGAAGCACAAGCUGGUCAAAGCCUCCACACAACUAGAGGAGAAGAUCUGCUCUCAUCAUGACAAACCACUGGAGGUUUACUGCCGUACCGAUCAGCAGUGUAUCUGUUAUCUGUGUACAAUGAAUGAACAUAAAGGCCAUGAUACAGCUGCAGCAGAAAGGACUGAGAAACAGAAACAGUUGGUAGAGAAUCAGCAGAAAUCCCAGCAGAGAAUCCAGCAGAAAGAGAAGGAGAUGCAGGAGCUGAGACAGGCUGUGGUCUCUCUGAAGCUCUCUGCACAGGUAGCGGUGGAGGACAGUGAGAGGAUUUUUACUGAGCUGAUCUGUUCCAUUGAAAGAAGGAACUCUGAGGUGAAGCAACAGAUAACAGCCCAGGAAAAUGCUGAAGUGAGUCGGGCUAAAAGGCAGCUGGAGCAGCUGGAGCAGGAGAUAGCUGAGCUGAGGAGGAGAGAUGCUGAGCUGGAGCAGCUUUCACACACAGAGGAUCACAUCCAUUUCUUCCAGAGUUUUCAGUCUCUCUGUGUCCCUCCUGGAUCUGAUGCCUUACCCAGCAUAUCUGUCAAUCCACACAUAUCUUUUCAUCUUGUGAAUAAUUUUGUAUCUGAGGUGACAGAACAACUAGAGGAUAUCUGCAAGAAGGAAAUUGCCAAACUAUCAUGGGAAGCACCUCCCUCUGACUACUUCAUGGAUGCCAUUCCACAUACUUCUUAUUACAAUUCCAACCAAUUGGCAGGCCGGAGACCCAGCCCUCGCUGGAUAACCCAACAACAAUAUUUUCAGAACAUGCAAGCGACCUUCAGCACUGUGAGGCCCAAUGUGUCUCACAUGGUGACCCCUCAUCGCAUGCCUGCUCAGGCUACACCUGCUGUAACCCCAGUGCACAUGCCUCAGUACAAGUAUGCUGCAGGAGUGCGCAAGCCUUCAUACAUUCAUACACUUCCCCAGGUUGUUAAGCAGCAGCCUGCUGUCCAUGUGCAGGACCAGGAGCCUCUGACUGCCUCCAAGCUGGCUGCUGCUCCUCCUCAGGAACAGAAGGAAAUGCUGGGUCAACGCCUCUACCCGCUCAUCCAGAACAUGCACCCCAGUCUGGCAGAAGAUCACUGGCAUGUUGCUGGAGAUUGACAACUCUGAGCUGCUCUACAUGCUGGAGUCUCCAGAGUUUCUCCGCUCCAAGGUGGAUGAAGCUGUGACUGUGCUGCAUGCUCACCAGGCCAAACAGGCAACAAAGAGACAAGAAAAA